UUCCGUCAUUGGGGCGGGAUCAGGACGGUUUGGCCCACACCGCUCUCCGUAGAUCUGGGCCUGGGCGUCGUUCGUAUCUUCUGCUCCUGCUGCGUAGGAGUCAAACCCUCACAACACUUCAGCAGCACGACUUGUAGGCGUUUAGUUAUAUAACUAGAACCUAAUAUAAAACCAAAAUCAUGUGUUCUGUUACGUUAGAAAACAAUGGUUCUCCGAAGAAACGGAUGCUGUCCCGGGGAAUGAGUGAAGAUGAGUCACUCCGAAGCAUUAUAAAAGAGAGCGAGACUCCAACCAGGCGGCUGACUCGAAGCGACAGCCGGGGAGGCACCCUGAGGAGGAGGACCGACGUCCAGCAGUUGGACCAGGAUCUCCUCAUGGGACUGCCUGAAAUGCUGGAACUGCAGGCCAGCUAUGACGAGGCAGUACAGGAGCUGCGUGGGCUGGAGGUGGAGCGAGAGGCCCUGUUGUUUCAGGUGGAUGUCCUGCAGGACACGCUGGAGGGCGUGGAAGAGCUGCUGGCCGAAGCCCAGAGAGAAGCCGGACAGGCCAGCUUGAAGCUGGAACAAGAAAGAGAGGCCAACAGGAAACUGGAGAGGCUGCUUUGUUCUCUGAAGCAGGAGGUGGAGAGAUUAAAUGAGGAAAGAAAGAGCCAAACUGCUCCACUGAACGGGAUCGAACCCUCUGAACAGGAACGCCAAACAAAUAACAACACGGAUCAUUUGCUGUGCGAAGCCUGCAACGUCAAAAUCAGAAGUGGAGUUCUGGAAAACUCAGAAAAACUGGGAGAAGAGGAAGAAGAAGUUCCAGGAAGUGCUGGAGCGGCCCGGGUGACGCUGCAGAGGUUGGCCAGCCAACCCUUCACCCACACUCCCUCUCUGGCUCUGGGCAGCCUGCACUCGGUGGACGGCGUCCUUCAGCGGCCCUACGACGUCCACACGCAGGACGGGCGAGAUCCUUCCCCCGACAGGAACGACUCUGACAGCAUCAGUGCCUACGAGGACGCGUCUGCUGACACUCCGGAGCACGAGAGGGCGUUAGCUGCCGGCAGCGAGCUGUUCAACGAUUUAGAGGACACAAAGACAAAAGCAACGAACGAAGAUCUGGAUGAAACUGAAAAUCCCAGAAGCCCAGACAGCUGCAUUUUGUCUUAAUUCUAUCUUCUGCUCACCCAAAACGAGUCAUGGCAGUUUGGUGACAUUUGAUCUGUCUUAUAGCCAGUUUAAUAUCAUUUUAUUAAACUAUCGUCGUAGAUUUAAUUACCUUUAAAAGAAUAUUGCCAAACAUUUGCUUUUUUGGAGGCUCCAAUACCCACAUCUUGAGUGAAAAAAAGAUGUUUUUUAUUUUCAACGCCAUUAGGUUUUGUAACCAAAUCAUCAACAGAUUAAUUGAACUAUUUUUACAGUCUGUAAAAGAUCCCAGUCUUAGCAUAAAAAUGAAAGUUUUUACGUUUUGUUUAAAAUGAACUGCCUACUCUAAUGUCAGCUGCCAAGUAUUCCCUCUAAGCCUGCCUUAAUUUUGUGUGUGGAUAAAUAGGGAGAUGUUUUUCUAUUAUCAGGUGUUUUGGGUUGUCUAACACCUUUCUGUGUGCACAUCAGGAUUUAUGUAUGUCCAAAAUACAAUGAGUUAUGUCCUUACUUUUUUUUCUUUUGGAUCCAAAACACAAAUCUUGUUUAAACUCUAGUUUACUUGAAGCAGAUUUGUUCUAUUUUACACUGAUCUUUGCAAGGCAUGAGAAAACACAAUCCCCUAUAGCAAAUAUCUUAUUUUUAUACAGUCCUUUUUGCGUUUUUGCUCUGAAGCUAUAACGCAUUUGCACUUUUUUUUAUCGUGUAAACGGUGGCUUAAAUGUUUCUCAUUUGGCCACUACAUUCCUCUUCAGAACCAAACGCUCGAGUUAGCUGAUUUGCUGCAGAGUAAUUCUGUCUGUUUGCACAUUUUUUAGUCAAACUUAUUGAAAUCUUAGUGUUUUUCAAUGUCUAACUGCUGUAAACACUUUAUAUCUGAUCACCUUUAAAAAAAAUGUUUUGAAACAAUUCCUCUUAUAUUUGAUCAUUUGCAUGAGUACGUUUAAUGUUUAAGAGACUGCAAAUAAGUUAAUCUGCAUCAUGCAUACCAUAUCAAUACUUUUGCACGCAACAUAUUUAUUGGUUAAGUGAAACCUUUAAGUCACUUACUGCAUAAAUAGAUGAUUUUUGAAGAAAACAGUUACAACCUUUUUCACUGGUAAAACUCUUAAGAAACAACAUUUUUAGAUAAAUUGCUUGUUUUUCAUAAAUGCAUUCAGUGGACUCAUAUGGAACCAGCUCAGUUUAUUCUAAUAUCACGCUGUUAAAAACUACAUAACAAUGUUUGUCCACAACCUCUUUAUUCCAGUUUCAUGAAUAACUUCUGUGUUUGCUAACAAGAUGUUUGGAUUUUUUUUGCUCUAACGUCCUGUUUUUUCCUUCAACGGGUCAAAGGGAUUUCAUCUGUUUAUGUUUAAAUGUUUCAGUCAGAGUUUUUAAAGAAUUGAUUGUGUAAUCAGAUUGUUUUGACAUGCAAAAAAUGUUUUUAUUGCAUCUGUUUUUGACAGUUGUGUGUUUUUUUUCUACUUUCUUUGAGAUGCUGUAAAAGUGGAUGAUUCAUAUCAACAUAAAAGGAGCUAAUAGUCCUGGCAUGGGCUGGUUUGUCACUUUUACAUGUUCAGAAAUAAACAUCCAGUGGCAGCUU